UGCUGACCGUUGAUAACGCAGAAAAUUGAUUGUUGUCAGUUUCUGUUUUGCCGACUAAGUUGUUGGUUGUGUCACGGGGUGGGGUGACUGUCAUACACGUUUCACCGGUUAGCUUAUGAUCAUGAAAGCAUUGUUGACUGUAACGAUUACUUUAUUAAUUAUUAGUGACGCUACCUUCGGUACAUUAUCACCACCGAAAGAACAGACCAAUAAAAAGGGAAAGAGUAAAGUUGAUGUCAAGAAAGGAUCGGUGAAUCAAGAUGUUUUCGAAAGAGGACUGGUUGUGAAGGAUCCUAAAAGUAUUGAUAUACUACGUUCAUCGAAUACUUAUUAUAAAGACACAAAACGUCGACGAUUCCAUGGAAAUGUAUUGGGAUAUAUUACUCCAUGGAAUGAAAAAGGAUUGGAAAUUUCCAAAACGUUUCAUGGUAAAUUCACGGCAUUUUCGCCUGUCUGGCUGACAAUUCCAUAUGGUAACACGAGCGAGUUUUCACCGGGAACACACGAUGUGCGCAAGGACUGGAUUAAAGAAAUACGAAAACAGAAUAGUGCUAAUCACACGACCAAAAUAAUCCCUCGUGUAUUUUUUGAAAAUUGGAUUGCGGAAGAUAUAAUCGCCCUUCAAACCAAUUCUGAUAAGAGAAUACGGUUGAUAUCUGCCUUGAUCGAUACUGCCAAGAACUUCCGAUUUGACGGAUAUGUCUUAGAAAUCUGGAAUCAAUUUAUAUUUACAGGUGUCGACGCACGUGUCGUGAUUUUCAUAAUUAAGAGUAUCGCGAAAAAAUUGAAUAAUCAUAACUUGUCUGUUAUACUCGCCGUACCACCGAUCAGAGGAAUGAAAGUAGAAUUAUUCCAUCGAGCUCAUUUUGAUGAAUUAGCUCAGGAUGUGGAAUCAUUUUCACUAAUGACUUACGACUACUCCAGUGUUCAAAGACCAGGGCCAAACAGUCCCCUCGAAUGGGCCCGACACUGUAUAAAGGAAUUAGUCCCAAACGAUGACGAUCCUAGACGUUCUCAGAUACUCCUGGGAAUUAAUUUCUAUGGGAAUAGUUACACACCCGAGGGUGGUGGUCCAAUUCUUGGAUCUCAAUACCUCGAGAUGCUGGAUUCGUUCAAAGGAAAAAUUCAGUGGGACGAUCGUAGCAAGGAACACUUUUUUGAGACCAAAACCGCUGCCGGAAGUUCUUUUGUCUUUUACCCGACUCUGUAUUCCCUUAAUAAACGAAUCGAGCUAGCUAGCGAAUUGGGCACAGGUAUUUCAAUCUGGGAACUUGGUCAGGGUUUGAAUUACUUUUAUGAUUUAUUAUAAACUUUAUUAUAUGCUAAUUCCUAAUAAAAAAAAAAAACAUGUUCCAACAAUUUUGUUCUAUCUUCUCUUUAUUAAAAAGAGCCAUCGUGAAUUAUCCAUGUCUCCAUGAAUCGUAGAAUCCGCAAAUCAUAGAUGACGCAUUCCUCGUUAAGGUCAGGAAAACGAUACCCACUGAGAGGUACGGCAAGGAACACUUACAAAAAGUUGAAAGCUUUGCCACAGGUUCUACUACCUGCCACCUAGUAAAAUAUGUUUUUUUAUUUUUGUGUCGUGGUGAUUGAGCAGCACGUGUGCAUGGAGCUUCGGUUUAUGCACAGGAGUCUUAGGUUCGAGACUCGUUAUAAUUUUUUUUUAUACUGUUCUCUCAUUACGCAUAUUGAUCUUAUUAAUUAUCUUAGGAUUUAAUAAAUACAUGAUUAUAAUUUGCUAUGUAUAUUUCAUUACAUUAUAUACAUACAAUAAAUAUAUAAAUCAG